CUUCACCAUAAAUUGGCUCGUUUCAUUAACUAUUUCAAUCGCACUUAUCAAAUCUAUAUUUCUUCACUACAAAUUUGAUUCAAUCCAUAACCCUUUUCAACCAAAAUCAUCAAAUAUAUAUCCCUUACAAACUUUCAUACAUAUAGUAGUCCUUAAAUCAUUUUCUCAAUGACUAUGACUUUAAAACUAGCCUUUGCCAUUACAAUAUUGCUAACCAUUUCAUUCAACCAAAUUGUUUCCGGCGACAUCGGGACCGCUACUUCCUACAACCCUCCGUACACACCUACAAGGUGCAAUGGCAAUAGAGCAGACCAAUUCCCAUCAGGAAACUUGUUUGUGCAAGUGAGUGAAGGGUUGUGGGACAACGGCGCCGCCUGCGGCCGCCGAUACAGGCUCCGGUGCCUUAGCGGCAACAACCGGCCUUGCAAGGGGGGCACGGUGGACGUGAGGGUGGUCGAUUUUUGCACCCGCCGGCCAUGCCCUUCGACUAUAGUGAUGUCGACCGACGCCUUCGCCGCCGUCUCCAAAUCCCCUGAUGCUAAAAUCAACAUCGAAUUUAUCCAGAUUUGACAUCAAAUAUGGGCAUUGCGUGUUUGCUGUGGAGAAAGUAACUCUAGCUUUAUUUAAUUUGGAGGUGUAGCUUAUUUUAAGUAAUAUUAGUAGUAUAUGAAUUUUACAAGAUUAUGAGUUUCAUAUCUUAAUUAGUAGUAAUGUAUUUUGUGUUCGGAUUUUGGACUAAAGAUGUAAGCUCCGAGGUGUAUCAGUAAAUGACUCUUACUAAA